UUUAUAACUUCACAUAUCAAUCACACACACAAAGUUAUCACCUCAAACUAUGGAACUCUUCUUCUCCCUCCAAUCAUUUUUCAUAUCCAUUCUCUCUCUUCUCUUCUUCUAUCUCUCCCUUUGUUUCUUCACCCUAUCAAACAAACCCGGCUUCAAAACCUACCCUCUCCUCGGAGCUUUACCCUCAUUCAUCUCAAACCGCCACCGCUUCCUCGAAUGGUCCACCCAAGUCCUCCGCACCUGUCCCACCAACACCGCCGUCUUCCGCCGCCCCGGCAGAAUCCACGGCGUCCUAACAGCCAACCCAGAUAACAUACAACACAUCUUAAAAACCAAAUUCGAAAACUACCCGAAAGGCGAAAGAUUCAUCUCUUUCCUGCAAGAUUUUCUCGGCACAGGAAUCUUUAACUCCGACGGUGAUCUCUGGAAGCUUCAGAGAAAAACCGCCAGCUACGAAUUCAACACGAAAUCCUUAAGAAACUUCAUCGUGGAAAAUGUAACAGUAGAAACACAAACUAGGCUCAUUCCGAUUCUCUCAAAAGCAGCGGAGAAAAACAACAUCCUUGAUUUGCAGGAUAUCUUAGAAUGUUUCGCAUUCGACAACGUUUGCAAACUCGCGUUCAACGUCGACCCUGGAUGUCUCAGCGGCGACGGAACCUCCGGAAACGCGUCAUUCAUGCGCGCUUUCGAAGACGCCGCAGUGUUAAGCUCCGGAAGGUUCAUGUCUCUUUUUCCAAUGUUAUGGAAAGUGCAAAAAAUUCUCAACGUCGGAGCAGAAGGGAGAUUGAAACAAUCAAUCGCAACCGUUCAUAAAUUCGCUGACGAGAUCAUACGGUCAAGAAUGGAAGAGAAAAACGGGUCCAGAAAAGGUGAAGAUUUACUAUCACGUUUCAUCGCAACAGAAGAAGCUUCACCGGAGUUUCUACGUGAUAUCGUAAUAAGCUUUAUUCUGGCGGGACGCGAUACGACGUCGGCUGCAUUGAGUUGGUUUUUCUGGAUCCUAUCUUCUAGGAUCGAUGUUAAAGAGAAAAUAAUCAAAGAAAUCGAAACGGUUCGUUCAAGAAGUGGCGACAAAAUGGCUGUGUUUGGUUUCGAGGAGUUGAGGGAGAUGCAAUACUUACACGCGGCGAUUACAGAGGCGAUGAGAUUGUAUCCUCCGGUUCCGGUUGAUACGAAGGCGUGUUUGAACGACGAUGUAUUGCCGGACGGGACUAGAAUGAAGAAAGGUUGGUUUAUUUCUUACCAUACUUAUGCUAUGGGGAGAAUGGAGAGUGUGUGGGGGGAAGAUUGUAAUGAGUAUAAGCCUGAGAGGUGGUUGGAGAAUGAGAAGGGUGAGGGUGGUGUUGGUGUUUGUAGAAGUGAGAGUGCGUUUAAGUUUCCGGUGUUUCAUGCGGGUCCUAGGAUGUGUUUAGGGAAGGAAAUGGCGUAUAUUCAGAUGAAGAGUAUUGCGGCUUCUGUGAUGGAGAGGUUUGAGGUUGUUGCGGUGGAGAAGGAGAAGAUUCCUGAACAUGUUUUGUCUUUGACAUUGAGGAUGAAAAAUGGGUUGCCUGUGAGUGUGCGAAUGAGGUAAGGGAAAGAGAGGAUGUGUGUGUUAAGGUGUGGAUGUGAAGAGAGGUGAUGAUGCAAGUGGUAAGGGAUAGUGGGUGUGUAGUGAUAAGAAAGAAAUAUAUGUAUAAAAGUGGUUAAAGUGAUUUUUCAUGCGAUAUUAAAGAAGUGAUUGUGUUAGAAUUAUGUUGUUGUUGCACUCACUUGGAUGAUAUAGUAAAGAACUCUUUUAGGGAGAGCUUUGCCAUCCUCAAUAGUUAUUUAUGAUGUUGCAUUUUGUUUUGAAAUGCCAAAAAGGAUGAUACUAAAUUAAAGGCUUAAAUGAUGGUUCUCAAUUU